GCACCAGGAUAUUGUAAUGCUGAUAUAGCGUGGGAAGUUUUGGCUACGGGAGUUUGUAUGCUAUUGUAAGAACAGACUGGCUUGUACCGUAAAUGAAUUGUUGUUUGCUACUGGAUGUCCACGGGAUUGCUUGCUGAGUUACGUGUCCUGCAGCUACAGGAGUUUCCGCCUUUGGAACAGCAGGGUGUGAGAACUCGUUCUUCGGCUGCUGUGAAUUGAUGGCAGCGAAUUGGUGGUUAUGGCAGUGAUUCUCAACUUACGGCAUAGGGACACCCAGGGAUCCUUUGAAGGAUGUAGAUGUGAGGAGAUAAACAGAUGAGCACAGGAUCAGGCACAGUGCCUGCCUGGCUGUUCCCCUGGCCUUGCUGCCCAGCCCCUUGGCAAGGAGGUAAAGCACUGUAAUAAAUAGGUUAGCUUUUACAACAGGGUGCUGUUCACAAAAUAUAUGGAGGGGCGCUCUAAAAAGGUUGAGAACCACUAAGUUAUGGUAUAUAGCAGCAGUUCCCAAACUGACAGAUUGCGCACCACCAAUUUAAAAUGCUACAACCUUAAGUACCACCAGCAAAUUUUUGUCAUGUAAAAUAAUUAUAAUAAAUCUGUUAACAUGUACCACUGUCAGGUUGUCUGUAGACCACUGGUGGUACGCAUGCCACAGAUUGGGAACUGCUGGUAUACAGCAUAUUGAAAUUGUAGUUACUAGGUGGCUAAAGAUCAUUAAACCGCUGUCGCGUGCAAAACUCGAACCACUUCAGGUAGAUUAGCUCCUUUUGCUGUACAGAAAUGUGAUGUUGAUGAGACUACCUCAAGAAACUAGAACAUUUUUGUUUCUCAUGCUUACUUUUGAUCAGCCUUUUUAAUUGGUGCCACCCAAUUAAAUAUUAAUGGUUUCAUUAGUUUUUUAAAAAAGGGGCAAUGGAAAUAGACUAGUGUGUGUGGGGGGUAGAUUAAAAAAAAUCUUCAGUAGUGUUUAACAGGAUGCUCUGAUGCUUGUUUGUGUUAAGUGCAGGCGAACAGGACAAUGAAACGGAUGCUCUGCUAUCUGCAACUGAUCAGUUUAGUUUAAUUUUCCAAGUUGAACGACAUGCAAAAGUCUAAACCAGUUUCUGAUCACUUAAACCGGUUUAUGUGUACCCCCUCCUCUGCACCAGUUGGACCUUCACUUCAAGAGGAUUCUUCAGUAAUGGAUGACCCCGCUCCACCCGAAGAGGACCCCCGCAAUGAGACUAUAUGGACUGAGACACUUUUCUUCAAACCACUUCUUCCACCAUUGCGGACCACCGUAACGGAAGAAAAGAAACAAUUUGAACAAAACCUGAGUUUACAAUGAAGUCAACCCAGACACCGAGUCUCCGGCGGUCACAAAAUGAUUCUGUAUAUAACAUGAGUCAUUCCAAAGGAAUACCCGAGUUACCACCCUUGCCACCUUCUGUAUCAUCAGGACCUUCAGAAUUGUAUCAGCUUGUCCUGCAGAACAGCUGUUAUCCUCCUUUAAUGCAAAGAGUGUCAUGGACUUUGGCAGUUCCAUUUAAAGAACAACGCUAUCACCGAAGUCCGAGUGACUCCAUAGCUAAUAAUUAUACUCUUGCUUCACGGGAUCUAAAACUGAGUGGCCUGCACAAGAUGGUUUCCCCUUCAGUGGCAAGAGCAACAUUUGACUCGGCAAAGCAGAGGAAAGUUUCACCAUCUUCAAAAGAACAUGAACCUUCUGAGAAAAGGCUCAAACUUGCACGAAGAAAAUGUGACUCUUCCCGACAUAUACCAGAAAAGAGCACGAUACCUUAUUCAGACAGCCAUCCGUUGACUCCAGAAGAACAAUUUGUUGUCAUGCACUUACAUGAGGAGGAGAUAUUUAAGCAAGAAAAACUGCCUUCAAACAGUGAUAUCGAGAGAUAUUGUUAUUAUAUACAUAAUGGAGUACGGAAAGACAUGCUGGCACCCCAGGAUAAAGAGGUGAUGCACAUGAUUUUAAAACACAUUCCAGAUGACUUCCUUACCAAUCCAAACCUGGAGCAAUUGCUUCAGAGUUUACAAGAAGAGAUUCAAACAGACUAUCACUUGAGCCUCAUGAAAGCCAUUGUUGAUUACAUCUUGAUGGAUCCAGCUGAGAGAAAGAGACUCUUCAUUAGAAGUAUCCCACGCUCUUUUCCUCAGAGAAUAAUCCGAGCACCAGUCCCAUGGCAUAACACUUACCAAGAAAUGAAAGACUGGAAUGAAAGCCAUUUGUUCAUAGUGAAUCCCAUGAUGCAUACUUUGCAACAUCUCUGGUUUACUGAAUUUAGCAACCUAAGAUUUGUUCGUACAGAAGAAAUGCUUUCGGGUGAGCUGCCGCUGUUGCCCGAUGAAUUUGAAGAAUUAAUUCAAAGACAUUGUAUGGAAGCUCGUGAUAUUCUUCAGAAGAAGUGGAUCCCAACCUGUGCAUCCCUCUUCAUUGAUCAGAAAGAGAAGUGGCUUCAUUUGGCACCUCAGAACGACUAUGAUUCCCCUCAACAAAUUGAAGAAUAUUUUGCUUCUGUAGCAAAUCUCAUGUCAUUACAACUACGUGAAAUGGUUGUUAACUCUUUAGAAGAUCUCCUUGCAUUUUUCAUGAUACACAAGGAUGGGAAUGACUUUAGAGAACCUUAUCAAGAAAUGCAGUUCUUUGUACAUCAAAUACUAAUCAUCAAACUCAAUGUGGAGGAACCGAAAAUUGUGUUUGAGCCACCUAUGAAAAAAUGUUGGGAUUUAAUCUACCGUUGCUUCAUGGAGAUCUUGCGGAGUUCAGAGGAACUUCCAAAGGUAGAAGUUCAAAUCUUUCCAGAAUUAAAAAGGGAUGACCACAUUCUUCGUACAGUCAGACCAGAGGAAUCUUUGGUUUCAGAAUAUGUGAAUAAAGCUGCAAGGAUAUUUGAGAACAACACAGUCGGUCCACAGAAGUACUUAAAUGUGUACAGGAAAUACAGUGAUCUUUUGAACAACAAGGCAGAGCAAGAGGUUACUAAUUUUUUGAAGGAAAGCCAUUCCUUAGAAGCUUUCACCAAGAAGAUUAACAGUUUAACAAAACUGAAAAAAGAAAUAGCCUCCAUGCAUAUCACUGUCCCUCUCGCCAUGUUCUGCCUGGAUGCUUUAAAGCUGAAUGAGGAACUUUGCAGUCGGGCCCAAAAUCUUAAAGAUAGGCUCAUUGAGUUUGAAGUGGAUGAAAACAGAGAAUUAAAUAAAAGCAUUUGCAAUCAGUACAAAAUAAUUGCAGACAAGGUGAAUGAGAUGCCUUUGAACACUGAGGAGCUGGUGGAGCUUACUGCCUACUUAAAAAAAGCCAGUGAAAUCACUGUUUUUAAACUGAGACGUGAGAUCUCUGAAGCAGCCUACAGACUGGAAUUCUUGACGGAGUAUGCUGACCUUCCUUAUGAUGACUUAAAGCUGAAUAGUACUGUUUUCCACUGGCCAGAUGAGAUUGAGAUAAUCUUUGAAAAAAGCAGAAACCAGCUGUUUGUCAGGAGGGAUAUAGCAGAGACAGCUCUGAGUAAAAGGUGUUCCCGAUUUGAGGAAACUCUAAAAAAAUAUGAGAAAGAAGUAGAAAGUUACAAAAAACGUGAUGUCAUGAUUUUGGAAGAAAUGAAGAAUAAUGUUGAGAAAUUUAAUGAGCUGGAUAAGAAUUUGGAUGAUGCAAUGGUAGAAUUUGAGGCUAUUAACAAAGAAGAGGAGUUAUUGGAGCAUGAGAAGAGUCAGUUUCCUUUGCUGCAAGCUGUAAUUGUAAAUAAACAACCUUUUGAGCAACUUUGGAUAACAGCUUUUAAUUUCCAUACCAAGUCUGAGGAGUGGAUGAAUGGACCUCUUCAGAACUUGAAUGCUGAUGUUAUCACUGAGGAAGUUGGAAAUAUGUGGAGGACCAUGUACAAACUUUCUAAGACUUUUAUAGAUCUUCCUGGACCAAAGCGCUUAGCAGAAAAUAUGAAAUUUAAACUUGACAAGUUCAAGCAGCAUCUUCCUGUCCUGUCUAUUGCUUGCAAUCGAGGAAUGAAGGAGAGACACUGGGAACAGAUUAGUGAAAUAGUAGGAUGUGAGAUCAGACCUGAUGAAACUACUUCCCUAUUAAAUAUGUUGGAAUAUGGAUUAUCAAAAUACAUGGAGAAAUUGGAACCUAUAGGAGCAGCAGCUAGUAAAGAAUAUUCCCUAGAGAAAUCCCUGGACAAGAUGAAAUUGGAAUGGGUCAAUAUGCAUUUCAUUUUUGUGAAGUACAGAGACACUAACACCAGCAUCCUGUCAGCAAUUGAUGACAUUCAGCUUUUGCUCGAUGAUCACAUUGUUAAGACACAGACAAUGUGUGGCUCUCCAUUCAUCAGACCAAUAGAAAGUGAAUGCCGGGCAUGGGAAGAGAAGCUUGUUUUAAUGCAAGAUAUUUUAGAUAGCUGGUUAAAAUGUCAAGCAACGUGGCUUUACUUAGAACCGAUCUUUAGUUCAGAAGACAUUAUCGCUCAAAUGCCAGAAGAGGGCAGAAAGUUUGGCAUCGUAGACGCUUACUGGAAAGACAUCAUGACACAUGCAGUAAAGGACACCAGAGUACUUGUAGCAACUGAACAGCCUAAGAUGUUGGACAGGCUUCAGGAAGCAAAUAAUCUCUUAGAAGAUAUUCAGAAAGGGCUAAAUUCUUACUUGGAGAAGAAAAGAUUAUUUUUCCCAAGAUUCUUUUUCUUGUCUAACGAUGAGCUGCUUGAGAUUUUGUCAGAAACUAAAGAUCCCCUUCGAGUCCAGCCACACUUGAAGAAGUGUUUUGAGGGAAUUGCUAAAUUGGAGUUUACAGAAGACUUGGAGAUCACGGGCAUGAUCAGUUCAGAGAAAGAAACUGUUCCCUUCAUAGAAAAAAUUUACCCAGUGAAAGCAAAAGGCAUGGUAGAGAAAUGGCUUUUGCAAGUAGAGGAAAUGAUGCUGGGCAGUGUAAGACAAGUUAUUCAAGAUGGCAUUGCAGAAUAUGUUCAAAUUCCCCGAAAAAAGUGGGUACUUCACUGUCCUGGACAGGUGGUUAUCUGUGUUUCAUCUAUCUACUGGACAAAAGAAGUGUCUGAAGCUAUCAAAAGAGGAACAUUGCCUGAUUUUUUGGAGAAGAGCAACCACCAAAUUGGAGAAAUUGUUGAAUUAGUGAGAGGAAAGCUGUCCAGUGGCGCCCGUCUCACUCUGGGGGCUCUCACUGUCAUUGAUGUGCAUGCUCGUGAUGUGGUUGCAAAAUUGGCUGAGGACAAGGUCACAGAUCUGAAUGAUUUCCAGUGGAUUUCUCAGCUGAGAUAUUACUGGGAGGAGGGAGAAGUAGUGGUACGAAUGAUUACAACAGAAGCUGGAUAUGGCUAUGAAUACCUAGGCAAUUCUCUUCGCUUGGUUAUAACUCCGCUGACUGAUCGAUGCUAUAGAACAUUAAUGGGUGCUUUGAAAUUAAAUCUUGGUGGUGCUCCAGAAGGACCUGCAGGGACUGGCAAAACAGAGACAACAAAAGAUCUUGCAAAAGCACUAGCUAAACAGUGUGUUGUCUUUAACUGCUCUGAUGGUCUUGAUUAUAAAGCCAUGGGUAAGUUCUUUAAGGGACUGGCACAGUCUGGAGCUUGGGCCUGCUUUGAUGAGUUCAACAGGAUUGAGGUUGAAGUCUUGUCUGUCGUGGCACAACAGAUCCUCAGCAUACAACAGGCUAUUAUUCGAAAAUUGAAGACUUUCAUCUUUGAAGGCACAGAAUUGUCCCUUAAUCCAACCUGUGCUGUCUUCAUCACUAUGAAUCCUGGGUAUGCAGGACGGGCAGAGCUUCCUGAUAAUCUAAAGGCAUUGUUCCGAACAGUUGCUAUGAUGGUUCCAGAUUAUGCUUUGAUUGGUGAAAUUUCACUUUAUUCAAUGGGAUUUUUGGACUCUAGAAGCCUUGCCCAAAAAAUUGUUGCCACCUACCGUCUUUGCUCUGAGCAACUGUCAUCUCAGCAUCACUAUGACUAUGGAAUGCGUGCUGUUAAAUCUGUCUUGACAGCAGCUGGAAACUUAAAACUAAAGUACCCAGAAGAAAAUGAAAGUGUCUUAUUACUUCGUGCUUUGCUAGAUGUGAACUUAGCUAAAUUUUUGGCACAGGAUGUGCCUCUGUUUCAGGGUAUCAUAUCUGACCUCUUUCCUGGAGUGGUCCUUCCUACACCAGACUAUGAACUGUUUGUCCAGGCACUGAAUGAAAAUAUUAAAAAAAUGAAUCUUCAACCAGUUCCUUGGUUUAUUGGAAAAAUUAUUCAGAUUUAUGAGAUGAUGCUGGUGCGCCAUGGAUACAUGAUUGUUGGUGAUGCUAUGGGUGGAAAGACCUGUGCCUUUAAAGUGCUAGCAGGAGCCCUUGGUGAUUUAUAUGCAGAUAAAUCCAUGGAUGAAUUUGCUGUCGAGUACAAAAUUAUUAACCCCAAAGCUAUUACUAUGGGACAACUCUAUGGGUGUUUUGACCCCGUGAGCCAUGAGUGGACAGAUGGAGUCCUUGCAAAUGCCUUCAGAGAACAAGCAUCUUCAACCUCUGAUGAACGCAAGUGGAUUAUAUUUGAUGGCCCAGUGGACGCAGUUUGGAUAGAGAACAUGAAUACUGUGCUAGAUGAUAACAAGAAGCUGUGUUUAAUGAGUGGUGAAAUAAUUCAGAUGAAUUCCAAAAUGAGUUUAAUUUUUGAGCCAGCCGACUUAGAGGAGGCAUCUCCAGCAACUGUCAGCAGGUGUGGGAUGAUCUAUAUGGAUCCUCAGCAGCUAGGCUGGAAGCCUUUGAAGGAUUCCUACAUGGACACACUACCCCCAGACCUGCAACAGGAGCAUAGAGAACUGGUCAAUGACAUGUUUAUGUGGCUAGUUCAGCCUUGCUUGGACUUUAUUCACCUUCAGUGCAAAGUCUUAGUACAGACAUCCUCUAUUCAUCUAACCUAUAGCAUGAUGAGACUCUAUACCUGUCUGCUUGAUGAAAUAAGGCAGUCGAAUACUGAGGAGGGUGAAACUAUGUCUAGUCAGCAGAUCAUCUUAUGGCUGCAGGGACUUUUCCUUUUUGCUUUGGUUUGGACAAUUGGUGGGACCAUCGAUGCAGACAGCAGAAAGAAAUUUGAUGUCUUUUAUCGCAACUUGUUAAUGGGAAUGGAUGAUGAGAACCCGCGCCCCAAAAGUGUGAAGCUCACCAAAAACAAUAUCUUUCCAGAAAGAGGGAGUGUGUACGACUUUUAUUUUCACAAGCAGGCCAGUGGGCAGUGGAACAUGUGGACUGAUUACAUCACUAAAGAAGAGCAAAUUAUACCUACUGGUGCAAAGGUAUCUGAUCUCAUAAUCCCAACCAUGGAAACUGCCAGGCAAACAUUUUUCUUAAAAACAUAUGUGGAACACAAUAUUCCUUUGCUGUUUGUGGGUUUCACUGGCACAGGAAAAUCAGCUAUUACCAACAGUUUUCUGCUAAAACUUCCGAAACAUCAGUACAUCCCAAACUCUAUCAACUUCUCUGCAAGAACUUCAGCUAACCAAACCCAGGAUAUUAUUAUGUCAAAGCUGGACAGGAGAAGAAAAGGAUUAUUUGGACCUCCAGUGGGAAAGAAAGCUAUAAUAUUUGUGGAUGAUCUAAAUAUGCCUGCAAAGGAAGUGUAUGGAGCCCAGCCACCCAUUGAGCUUCUUAGACAAUGGAUUGAUCAUGGCCAUUGGUAUGAUAAGAAGGAUACAUCUAGGCUUGAUAUCGUAGAUGUCCUGUUUGUUUCAGCAAUGGGUCCUCCUGGUGGAGGAAGAAAUGAUAUUACAGGACGUUUCACGCGACACUUGAAUAUUAUUUCCAUCAGUUCUUUUGAUGAUGACAUUUUAGCCAAGAUUUUCACUUCAGUUGUUGACUGGCACUUCAGUAAGGGCUUUGAGCCAGUAUUUUUAAGGCUUGGCAAGCUGCUGAUCCAAGCUACAAUGGCUAUUUAUAAAAUGGCUGUCGAGAAUUUUCUUCCAACGCCUUCCAAAUCCCAUUAUGUCUUUAAUCUGCGGGAUUUCUCCAGGGUUAUUAGAGGAGUGCUGCUGUGUCCACAUACCCACUUACAAGAUGGAGACAAACUGAUCAGGCUCUGGAUUCAUGAGGUUUAUCGAGUUUUCUAUGACCGUUUACUUGAUAAUGAGGACAGGCAGGUGUUCUUUAAGAUGGUAAAAGAAACAACAUCAAAUAGCUUCAAGCAGAGUGUUGAUAAGGUAUUGAGUCAUCUGUCACCUACUGGCAAGAUCACUGAUGAUAAUAUACGCAGUCUCUUUUUUGGAGACUACUUAAAACCAGAUAGUGAUGCAAAAGCCUAUGAUGAAAUCACGGACUUAAAACAACUGACAGGUGUGAUGGAAUAUUACCUUGAAGAGUACAACAAUAUUAGCAAGGCACCAAUGUCCUUAGUCAUGUUCCAGUUUGCUAUUGAACAUAUUUCAAGGAUCUGCAGAGUGUUAAAGCAGGACAAUGGUCACUUGUUACUGGUGGGGAUUGGUGGAAGCGGGCGACAAAGUGCUACCAAGUUGGCCACCUUCAUGAAUGCUUUUGAGCUCUUUCAGAUUGAAAUUACAAAGUGUUAUGCCACCAAUGAAUGGAAGGAGGAUGUGAAACGUGUUAUGCUGCAGGCUGGUGUCAGUGACAAAAAGGUGUGCUUUUUGUUCUGUGAUAAUCAAAUCAAAGAUGAGGCAUUUGUGGAGGACAUUAACAUGCUACUGAAUACAGGUGAUGUGCCUAACAUCUUUGCAGCUGAUGAGAAAGCUGAAAUUGUGGAGAAAAUGCAGGCUGCAGCAAGGACAGAAGGCAAGAGAAUUGAGGCAACUCCACUUGCCAUGUAUAACUUUUUUAUUGAAAAAGUGAAGAAAAAUUUGCACAUUGUCUUAGCAAUGAGUCCGAUUGGAGAUGCGUUCCGGAACCGAUUACGAAUGUUCCCAUCAUUGAUAAAUUGCUGCACCAUUGACUGGUUCCAAACUUGGCCCACAGAUGCUUUGGAAAUGGUUGCAAACAAGUUUCUGGAGGAUGUUGAACUUGAAGAUGAAGUGCGGAAAGAGGUUGUGCUGAUGUGCAAAUAUUUCCAAGAAAGUGUGAGAGAACUUUCAGUGAGCUAUUACAACACACUGCGAAGGCACAACUAUGUAACACCGACAUCUUAUCUGGAACUGAUUCUCACCUUUAAAUCACUGCUACACAGCAAAAGGCAAGAAGUUAAUACAAUGAGAAAUCGGUACCUUGUUGGCCUCCAAAAACUUGACUUUGCAUCUUCACAAGUUGCAGAAAUGCAGAAGGAACUGACUGCUCUUCAGCCUGAACUCAUUCAAACCUCUGCAGAAACAGAAAAAAUGAUGAUCCAGAUAGAAAAAGAAACAGUUGAAGUAGAUGCAAAGAAAGAGCUAGUGUCUGCCGAUGAAAAGGAAGCUAAUGAAGCUGCAGCUGUUGCUAAAGCUAUUAAGGAUGAGUGUGAAGGGGACCUUGCGGAGGCUAUGCCAGCUCUGGAGGCUGCACUUGCAGCUCUUGAUACCUUGAACCCCUCGGAUAUCUCACUUGUCAAAGCCAUGCAGAAUCCACCAGGCCCUGUCAAGCUUGUCAUGGAGAGCAUCUGUGUAAUGAAAGGAAUGAAACCAGAGAGGAAGCCUGAUCCAACUGGCAGUGGUAAAAUGAUAGAAGACUACUGGGGACCCUCUAGAAAGAUACUAGGAGACUUGAAAUUUCUCGAGAGCUUAAAGACAUAUGACAAGGAUAAUAUUCCUCCUGUUAUAAUGAAAAGAAUCAGAGAGAGAUUUAUUGAUCAUCCAGAUUUUCAGCCGGCAGUCAUAAAAAAUGUAUCAUCUGCCUGUGAAGGCUUAUGCAAGUGGGUCAGAGCCAUGGAGGUGUAUGACCGUGUAGCAAAAGUUGUUGCCCCAAAACGUGAACGUCUUAAGGAGGCAGAAGGUUUACUUGAAAUCCAAAUGCAGAAACUCAACAAAAAGCGUGCUGAGCUUAAGGAUGUAGUGGAUCGACUUCAGGCCCUGAACGAUGAGUUUGAAAGCAUGAAUAACCGGAAGAAAGAAUUAGAAAACAACAUUGAAAUCUGUUCACAGAAGCUGGUGAGGGCUGAAAAAUUGAUUAGUGGUCUUGGAGGUGAGAAAGAUAGGUGGACAGAAGCUGCACGAUUGUUGGGAGUUCGAUACACGGACCUUACUGGUGAUGUGUUGUUAUCAUCAGGAACAGUGGCUUAUUUGGGAGCCUUUACUGUAGAUUAUCGCCUUGAAUGUCAAAAGCAAUGGCAGGUUCUAUGCAAGCAGAAGAACAUACCAUGCUCCAAUGAUUUUAGCCUCAGUAAUACUUUAGGAGAGCCAGUCAAAAUCCGUGCCUGGCAGAUUGCUGGACUGCCAAUUGAUUCUUUUUCAGUUGAUAAUGGUAUAAUUGUUUCUAACUCCAGAAGAUGGGCUUUAAUGAUUGACCCUCAAAGGCAAGCCAACAAGUGGAUAAAAAAUAUGGAGAAAGCAAACAAGCUUUCAGUUAUCAAACUGUCUGACACAAAUUAUGUGAGGACCCUGGAAAAUGCCAUCCAGCUUGGAACACCUGUCUUACUUGAAAAUAUUGGAGAAGAACUGGAUGCUUUCAUAGAGCCUAUAUUGCUGAAGCUAACAUUCAAGCAACAGGGUGUAGAGUACAUGAGACUAGGUGAAAAUAUAAUUGAAUACUCAAGAGAUUUCAGGUUUUAUAUAACAACUCGUUUAAGGAAUCCUCAUUAUCUUCCUGAAGUGGCUGUAAAAGUUUGUCUUCUCAACUUUAUGAUUACACCUUUAGGUCUCCAGGACCAACUUCUUGGAAUUGUAGCUGCAAAGGAAAAACCCGAGCUGGAAGAAAAGAAAAAUAAACUGAUUAUAGAAAGUGCAGCCAAUAAGAAACAACUGAAGGAGAUAGAAGAUAAAAUCCUAGAGGUCCUUUCCAAGUCUGAAGGAAACAUCUUAGAAGAUGAAACAGCAAUUAAUAUUUUGUCUUCCUCCAAAGAGUUAUCUGAAGAAAUCUCUGAAAAGCAGGAAAUUGCCUCUAUAACAGAAAUGGAAAUAGAUGCUACUCGGAUGGGUUAUAAGCCAGUAGCUAUUCAUUCAACAAUUAUCUUCUUUUGCAUUUCUGAUCUAGCAAACAUUGAACCAAUGUACCAAUAUUCAUUAAUUUGGUUCAUUAACUUGUAUGUAUACUCUAUUGCAAAUAGCAAAAAGAGCGAUGACCUACCAGCAAGAAUUGAGAAUAUAACUGAAUAUUUCACAGUGAGCAUUUAUAAUAAUGUCUGCCGUUCACUGUUUGAGAAAGAUAAAUUGCUCUUCUCCCUUCUUUUGACUAUAGGAAUAAUGAAAGGAAAAAAUCAGAUUGAUGAUGAGGUUUGGCGUUUCCUGUUGACAGGAGGUGUUGCUUUGGAUAAUCCUUAUGCUAACCCAGCGCCUGAGUGGUUGGCUGACAAAUCAUGGGCUGAGAUUGUACGUGCAUCUAGUGUGAAAAACCUUCAGGGACUAAUGGAUCAUGUAAAAGAUAAUCUUUCAAAAUGGAAAAUGAUUUAUGAUUCUGCAAAACCUCAAGAGGAGGCAUUUCCAGAUGUGUGGAAAACACUAAUAGGGCUAGAUCGUUUGGUUGUUCUCAGGUGUUUGAGACCUGAUAAAAUUGUUCCAGCAGUACAAGAGUUCAUCACAGAGAAUAUGGGAAGAACAUUUAUUGAGCCACCUACUUUUGACCUUGUUGGAAGUUAUAAUGAUUCUAAUUGCUGUGCACCUUUGAUUUUUGUAUUAUCACCAGGUGCUGAUCCUAUGGCAGGUUUGUUAAAGUUUGCAGAUGACGUUGGCAUGGGUGAUACAAGCAUUCAGACUAUUUCACUUGGCCAGGGCCAAGGCCCAAUUGCAGCAAAAAUGAUAUAUCAAGCUAUUAUUGAUGGGACUUGGGUAGUGUUACAAAACUGCCACCUUGCAACCAGCUGGAUGCCUGCUUUAGAAAAAAUCUGUGAAGAAGUGAUAGUGCCCGAGAGUACCAAUGAUAAAUUCAGAUUAUGGUUAACUAGCUAUCCAUCAGAAAAGUUUCCUGUCAGUAUUCUCCAGAAUGGCAUCAAAAUGACCAACGAGCCUCCCAAAGGCGUUAGAGCAAACUUGCUCCGAUCAUACCUCAAUGAUCCAGUCUCUGAUCCUGCAUUCUUUAGUAGUUGCCAAAAGCAAGAAAUGUGGCAAAAACUCCUGUUUGGGCUUUGCUUUUUCCAUGCUUUGGUACAAGAAAGAAGAAACUUUGGCCCUUUGGGCUGGAAUAUUCCAUAUGAGUUUAAUGAAUCUGAUCUUAGAAUCAGUAUGCGACAGAUCCAGAUGUUUCUGAAUGAAUAUGAAGAAAUCCCAUUUGAAGCUCUGACAUACCUAACAGGGGAAUGUAACUAUGGUGGGAGAGUAACAGAUGACAAAGACCGGCGUCUUCUCUUGUCACUUCUUUCCAUUGUCUAUACUAAGGAUAUAGAACAGGACAAAUACCAACUUUCACCUGAGGAGGAGUACUACAUACCAAUCCAUGGACCAUACCAGUCUUACAUUGAAUACAUAAGAACAUUACCAAUUACAACACAUCCUGAAGUGUUUGGGCUUCAUGAGAAUGCAGACAUCACAAAGGACAACCAAGAGACCAACCAGCUUUUCAGUGGAGUUUUGUUGACUCUGCCUAGAGAAGCAGGGGGAGGUGGCAAGUCCCCACAGGAAACCGUUGAAGACUUGGCACAAGACAUCCUAUCCAAAUUACCAAAUGACUUCAACCUGGAAGAGGUAAUGAAGAAAUACCCUGUGCUUUAUAAGGAAUCCAUGAACACAGUUCUUAGGCAAGAACUGAUUAGGUUCAACAGGCUGACAGAAGUUGUUCGAAGUAGCCUUGUCAAUUUAGGCAGAGCCAUCAAAGGCCAAGUGUUGAUGUCAUCUGAACUGGAGGAUGUUUUCAACAGCAUGCUUGUAGGCAAAGUACCAACCAUGUGGGCAGCCAAAUCUUAUCCCUCCCUAAAGCCACUGGGCAGCUACAUGUCUGAUCUUCUUGCACGCUUGGCCUUCUUCCAGGAGUGGACCAGCAAGGGACCACCCAAUGUAUUCUGGAUAUCAGGAUUCUACUUUACUCAGUCCUUCCUGACUGGUGUUUCACAGAACUACGCUAGGAAAUACACCAUCCCAAUUGAUUACAUUGGAUUUGAAUUUGAGGUGACAAAAGAAGAACACACCAUGGAAAAAAUGCCAGAAGAUGGGGCAUAUGUGAAAGGACUUUUCUUGGAAGGUGCACGAUGGAACAGAGAAACCAUGCAGAUUGGAGAAUCAUUUCCCAAAAUCCUUUAUGAUUCUUUGCCCAUAAUUUGGCUGAAACCUGGAGAAAGUUCUAAAUUUCUACAUGACAAUGUUUAUUUGUGCCCUGUUUACAAGACAAGUGCAAGAAGAGGUGUCUUGUCUACUACAGGGCACUCAACUAACUAUGUUCUCUCAAUAGAGCUUCCUUCAGAUAAGCCCCAGAAACACUGGAUAAACCGAGGUGUGGCAGCCCUGUGUCAGUUAGAUGACUAAAAUGUAUGCAAGUCACAACACCCAAAUUCUGUAAUUAAAAG